AUGGCCAACUCUGCUGGGAUGACGAUGGAAAAUGAGACACACGGAGGGCCCGACUUCUCUCUAACACAAGCUUUAGAAGACGUCUCUCAACAAGGAUAUGCCCAGAUUGUGGCCCUCCAGGAGAAACAACAAGUGCUCAGCUCUCUCCAGGCCAUACUAUCAGACAUUGAGAAGAAAGUCAAAGAAGCUGAAGUGGAGUUAAAAUCCAAUGUGAGGCAGAUUCUCAUCCUGGAGGGUGAGAUGGAACACCUGCAGCGACACAUGCAAGACCUGGGCUUGCGUUCCAUCACCGUCUACAACGAAAACACAGAGCUCCGACUGCUGAUCGAGGAAGAGGAGGACAACUCCAUCUGCGUGCUGGCCGGUUACAACACCUACCGGAACAAGAUGGAGGGUCACCGGACAGCCGUCUUGCAAGCGGAGAGCCAGACGAAGGCUCACAGGGAGCUAGUGGAGAAGAGGGCUCUGGUCAGAGUGCUCACAGAGAGGAGAGAGGAGCUGAGGGCCGACCUGGAGAACCCAGAGGGGAACGCUGUGAAGCAGGCACAGAAAGAGAUGGAUGACAUGAGGGGGCAGAUCUCAGACCGGAGGAAGAUGGUGACUGAGAGAAGAGAGCUCAUCCUGAAGGAGUUUGAGAGUCACACACUGAUCAAGAAGCAUAUCGAGAUCCAGAACAGACGGUAUGAUGCCAUCGUGAAGCGUCUCCACUGCCAACUGAUGAAGGCCCAGUCCGGCCACAGGCAGUUGUCUGAUGAUAUCUAUCACAUGGAGAGAGAGAUCCAGGACCUCAAGAGACACCUCGAGGUGCCAUAA